AUGGCGCCCACCCUCGUUUCCUCCCCACCAACUCUCCGCAUAAACCCCGAACCUCUCACCCCCCAAUCCUUCGCCCCGUUCGGCACCGUCAUCACAACCCCGUUCCCACGCGACCUCCUAGGCGCACCCAACAACCUGCCCGCCCUCAAACUACCUCACCGUGUCCCCGCAACACCCGUCUAUGCAAAUCAAGGCUCCGCCGUGAAAAUAAGCCCCAUUGCGCCCCUGGCCAAUGGGUACGAGAAUGCGUGCCCAAGCGGCAAAGCGGCGCAGGCGAGAUUGAGUAUGUUUGCAUGUUUCCCGAGGAAAUUGCGGAGGGAGAAACAGAGUGGUCACCGACAGACUGCUAUCGAUAAUAUUUUGAACGGCAAAAUGAAUGAAACACAACAAGACGACGGAGAUGCGGAAGAGGCCGGUCUCGAAGGGCCAGUUUUCGAUGUGCGGAUCCUCGAACGGCACCCUUACACAACGCAGACGUUCAUUCCGCUUGAUUUAUCGAGUCAAAAACGGGUGUUGCGGGACCGCGUGCCUGAUAAAAAGAGUCACGACUGGAAGGGCUACGGCGAAGGAGACGUGGGCAUGACAUUAGACGGAUCAGCGGAACAGGACGAAGAGCAGGAAGAGCCUAUAUUCUUGGUCAUUGUUGCGCCGACCCUCAAGGGACAGUCUGCUGCUGCUACGUCAUCAUCAACAAAAAAAGAUGCUGUAGCUGCAGAUCCUACGAUGAUAUCGACGAUUGGCACGCUGUCCGACCCUGUGAAUGAAGGGACUGUCGAUUCGAAUCGGGUCUUGAUUCGUGAUCCGCCCGAUCUCGAGAAUCUGAGAGCUUUUAUUGCGCGUGGUGGACAGGCGGUUACUUAUGGUCCGGGUACGUGGCAUGCGCCCAUGGUUGUGUUGGGGCCGCGACGAGUCGAUUUUGUGGUUGUGCAGUAUGUGAAUGGUGUUGAUGAUGAGGAUUGUCAGGAGGCGGCUUUCAAGGAUGGGAUUGUGGUUGAUUUGAAGUCAUUGAAUGAGGAGGAGGAUGAGUUUUGGGAUGAUUUGAAAAAGUUGUCUAAACUCUGA